AUGGCGGACAUUGGUAGUGAUUUGGUAAAGCUCCACGACGGAAGGCUGGGAGACGUCGCGAGGGGAAUCGGCGGCACUUUGGUGUCACCGCCGUUGGACGUGAGCGACGUCAAGCAAUAUUUCGGAGAGGAGAAGGGCUUUCCGGGUAUCCAUGACCUCAUUGAGAUAGUCGGCGAAGGAGCCCCGGCCCCCACUCUAGACUCGCAGCAAAACCUUAAGAAAGCCUUGGCAUACGGCAACUACCGUAGAGUAGACGAACACCAAACGCAAGUGUGGGAAAAACUAUGCGACGAUGUCAAGCGAUACAGGUGUAUCGUCCUGAGAAAGGCGAACGCGUCGGACGUACGUGGGAUCAGAGUAGCCCCGUUGGGAGCGGUCCCAGGGAAAAAAGUGAGGAUCAUCAACGACUUCUCUUUUGACCCAAGCACUAGCAAGGGGUCAAAAGGUGGGCUCAACAAAGAUACCAUUAUGUCCGGAGUUCCACGUUGCCUGUGCGGCGAAGCCCUACCAGCUUUCCUCGAGGAGCUCACUAGCCUACGAGUAAGAUGGCCAGACAAGAGAAUUCUCGCAGCCAAGGCUGAUGUCACCUCUGCGUUCAGAAAUGUGAGGAUAUCACCAGAUCAUGCACACUACUUUUGCUACGUGAUAGGAGACGUGCUAGUAGCGGAUCUACGGCUGACCUUCGGCUGGGCAGCAUCACCAGGAUUGUGGGGUGAGUUAGCCUCCGCGGCAGAACACUCGCACCGCAACACGUCCCUCGCGAACGCUCGACUACUACCAGAAGGAAUCGCAAUGAUGUCCCACGUGAAAAUAAAACCUCCUUGGGAAAAAGGCACCCCAACCCCAAUACCAUCGUCGGCAGGCGUAAGACCGCAUAGAGGCGGGGGACCCGCGGACGAUUUCUUGGCCAGGGUCUACGUUGACGAUUUCUUGCUCACGAAGGUCCAGCAUGACCCCACUGACCAAUCGGCACUCAUUGCGUCCGCCUCACUAGCGUCAGACCAUGUCAGACUGUUUGGCAAGGGAGAACUCGGAGAAACCCCCAUUCUCGCCCCGAAAAAGAGCACUGACUGGGACACGGUCAUAGAGGCCCUGGGGUACAUCAUAGACACGCAUGCUGGCAGAAUUGCAACUACACCGGAAAGGAUAAGCGCGAUUCGGAACAUACUAGAGACAGAUUGGCCCCACGAUAGGAAGAAGGCCAGUGUUCAAGAAUUCCUCAGCAUUGCAGGAAAACUGUGGAACCUCACUUACGUUAUCAGGGCCGGUAGGUACUUCGUGUGGCAACUACUCCGCCUAUCUAUCGGGUCUGCAUACGCAGGCCAGUCGACACACACGGUCACGACGACUAGUGGACUUGGGUAGAGAGUUCCACAGCGAUAUCGCCUUCUGGAAGUGGGCCCUUAAUCAGCCACUGGCACUUCGAGGGGAGUCCCUCAGCGCAUCGUUCCUACUACACGUAAAACGAGCACCAUCACGCCUUUACCUCUCAGACGCUAGCUUCACAGCGAUUGGCGGCUACUGUCCCGAACUAAAGAUUUUCUGGAGAUACACGAUCGACUCAUCGUUGUCUGCGGAGCUCAAGCGCAAGGCGCAAGAGAAGGAGACGUCGGACAUUACGAUCAAUCUGUUAGAACUCGCGGGCAUGUUCAUGACGGCGUGGGUAGUCCAAAUGAUCUUGAAAG